UUGCUCAAUAAAUUUGAUAAAAGUAUUAAAGCUGAACUUGAUGCUGCAGAAAAGCUACGCAAAAAGGGGAAAACAGAAGAAGCUUUAAAGGCAUUUGAAGCUUUGGUAAGCAAGUAUCCCCAAAGUCCACGAGCAAGAUAUGGAAAAGCCCAGAGUGAGGAUGAUUUGGCUGAGAAAAUGAGAAGCAAUGAUAUACUACAGCGGUCUAUCACCACCUAUGGUGAAGUGGCCAAUCUGCCAAAUGUCCCUGAUGAUCUAAUAAAGAUGGCACUGAAACGGCGGGCAGACAGGCAGCAGUUUCUUGGUCGCAUGAGAGGUUCAUUAGUUACACUACAGAAACUGGUUGACCAGUUUCCUAAUGAUACUUCAUUCAAGAACAACCUUGGAGUGGGUUAUCUUUUAAUUGGAGACAACAACAAUGCCAAGAAGGUUUACAAGGAGGUUCUAAGACUGGCUCCUAAUGAUGGCUUUGCAAAAGUGCAUUAUGGAUUCAUUCUGAAGGCAGAGAACAAGAUUGAAGAAAGCAUUCCCUAUCUGAAAGAAGGUCUAGAAACAGGCGAUCCUGGCACUGAUGAUGGGCGCUUUUACUUUCAUUUGGGUGAUGCCAUGCAGCGAGUUGGAAACAAGGAGGCAUACAAGUGGUAUGAACUUGGGUACCAACGGGGCCAUUUUGCAUCUGUCUGGCAGCGUUCUCUGUAUAAUGUCAAGGGCUUAAAAGCUCAGCCAUGGUGGACAGCAAAGGAAACUGGUUAUACAGAACUGAUCAAGUCCUUAGAAAAAAACUGGAAGGUGAUCAGGGAUGAAGGACUUGCUGUAAUGGAUAGAAGCAAGGGCCUCUUUCUUCCAGAAGAUGAAAAUUUACGAGAAAAGGGUGACUGGAGCCAGUUUACUCUGUGGCAGCAAGGAAGAAAAAAUGAGAAUGCCUGCAACAGUGUUCCAAAAUCAUGUGCCUUAUUAGAACGUUUCUCAGAAGCCACUGGAUGCCGAAGAGGGCAGAUCAAGUAUUCUGUCAUGCACCCAGGGACUCACGUCUGGCCUCACACAGGGCCCACUAACUGUAGGUUGAGGAUGCAUUUAGGCUUGGUUAUUCCUAAAGAAGGCUGCAGGAUACGGUGUGCUCAAGAAACCAGAUUCUGGGAAGAAGGGAAGAUUCUCAUUUUUGAUGAUUCUUUUGAACAUGAAGUGUGGCAGGAUGCUAAUACUUAUCGGCUGAUAUUCAUUGUGGAUGUCUGGCACCCAGAGUUAACAGCACAACAGCGACGCACCCUACCAGCUAUUUAAGUGGUUUGGAACUCCUUGAUGUAAAAGCCAUCUUCAAAAGCCUGAAUAUAAUAAGGAAUGCAGAUUUCCAGACUCUGCAAUUUAUGAUCAUUAUGAGGUUAUUCAGAAGCAGUGAAUUUAGUGGAUUGUGUCCUCAAGCACUACAUCCACCUCUCCUGUGAUAAAAGCAACCAUGAGCUCUUAUAGAACAAUAUGAACAUGUAUUAUUGUUACCUUUUAUAAUUCUACGUUGGUUUCAUCCAGUGGAUUUAUAGAGUGGUCUGUAGAUACGAGGAACAGGUGGUUUUGUAUCUUAUUUUUGAUAGAUAAGAACAUUUUUUCAUCCAGAUACAGUGUGUAUGGAUACUUUUUUCUGUUCUAUUUGAACCACUUUCCUUUUGAACUUUUUUUAGUUCCCUUUUUAUAUUAAUUUAGAAACAGUGAAGCCUUAUAUAAGCAGCAAUCUAUUUUACCAAUGGUGGCUUUUUCCUUCCAAGUCAAAGGAUCAAUAAAUAUUUCCUUUGUCCAAUUCUAGUUAAGAGCAAAUUUUGCCCAAUUUUUUCUUUAUUUCUAUUUUUUUAUAACAUAAAAACAUAUUUUAAGCUUAGAUGAAGUACAUAGAGGCUUCGGGCUGCCAUUUUUGUUACCAACUUUUUAAUGCAGUUUAAGAAAAACUUUCAUAAUCUAAAGCCUGAUUAAAAAAUAAUUGAUAUCUGGAGCCAUUUUGUAACAUUUUUGUUCUCAAUUACAGUCAAUUUCAUAUCCUACUAAGAUAUGAAACUAAGACAGGGAAAGUAACAUAUAAAUAUAGUUUGGUGAUGUUUGUUGGUUUUCCCAUUAAUGAAUGAUCAUGAAACAUUUUUAAUAAUUCAUUUGUAUUCAACCUAUCAGUGCCAACCUUUGAGCCUGUUCUCUCUUUUUUGCUAUUAGAACUACUACAUUUUUUACAUUCCUCUUUGAUUUAGUAAAAUAGUUCUAUAAUGCAAUAAGCAAGACUGACAUUUAAACAGCUUUGCAUAAAUGUUUCAAAUUACAUUCACUAAGACUAGUUAUAAGCAAUUAAUUGCUCAUUGUCAAAAGUUACCAGAUUUGUGUAAUUCUAUGCAGAGAAAUGUGCACAUUCCAAAUGUAGGUCUGCAAAAUCCAAUAGUUGCUCCUGAAAAUAAUUUCUGGUCAUAAUUUGUGCAAAAUACAACAUUUCAUAGAUUGAAUAAUAUCUUAAUCUGCCCUGAUUGUUGUUUGUUCUUUGCUAUGACAAAAGUUGUCAAACUGAGAGCUAGAAACAUCUUAAGGAGUAUCAGUGUUGAAAUAAUAUGUAUAUUAUCUGAGGCUUCAUAUUCAUGCUCAGACUUUUCAAUACUAAAAAUCAUAUAAAUCAAAUGUCUAAAUGCCUUUUUCUUAUCACAGCCACAAGGACUGUGUAAACUGCCUACAAUUCUUUUCAAUUAUUUAUGUUAUAGAAAAUUAUGUUGUUUGGCUUCUCUCAGAAAUAUUCUUAUGUCUCUGGCAUCUCUGCCAAAUAAAUAGUAUAUCUUUUGUAGGUCUGAUAGAAGCCUAUCAGUACUGUUUCUUUGGAAUUCUUGGAAUUCCUCUAAAAAUAUGCAAGUUACAGAAUUUAGGUAUUUUUUAAAAUUAUUUUAAAUGGCUAGUCUUUCAUAAUGGAUUUUUGGGGAAGGUAGAUAUAGAAAGCAAACAGCUAAUUAUACCCAGUCUACUGACUAAGUCUGGAGCACUCUUGAUUCUAUUGAUGCUAUAAAAAAAACAAAUAUGGGCCAAAAAUAAAAAGGUGCUUCUGAUGAAUAUGCAGAACUGAUUUCAGAGAUUAUGCAAAAUCAAGCAAAUUUAUAUGUCCUUCCUAUUAAAAAAGAUAGACUCCCAUUUAAUUUUUUUUAUUUCAAAUAAAACAGUAAAGUUUAGUAGUAAAGUUGCAAGAUUCUAUCCUUGCUUUUUGAUAUAUAAUUUGUAACUCAAUAAUUACAAAUUGUCUAUUAUAUAGGAAAGAAUAUCUGUAGCUCACGAUGGAACUGUGGAGUUCUUGGCAUUCUCUGAGCUUGGUUUGGUUGCAGAUGUCUCCUUACCCAAAUAAAUAAUCUCAUCAGUACGAUUCAUCUGUAAGCAAGCAAACUCAGAGAGUACCAAAGAUUUCAUAUUUAUUUCAUGUCCAACCUUAAUCAAAAUAAAAUUAUUAGUUUAAUUCCUGAGGAAGGGGGUUCCCAUACACAUUCAUUAUCAUUUUAGGAUGAUAUCUCAAAAUGCUUGUAACAUGGCAUUCUGUGCCUUAAAUUCAAGAGCUUUCAAAACUAGUAUAUGACUGCCUGUGUAUGUGACUGGGUAUGCAGAUGUGCACAGAGACAUGCCCUAGAGCUAUACAUCCUUUAAAGAGAAGCUCUGGAUCUUAUGAAGAACAAGACCAUCAUCUCUAUCAUAUUAAUUGAUGCAAAGCCUCUUUUUUCAGGAUCCCUCGUGAACUAAUGCCUUAUAGCAGUAGCUGUGCCAUUUUUAAUUCUGGUGCAGAAAUUUUGAAAACAGCUGCAUUAAUAAAUAUGUAAAGGCUCAAGGUUCAUUUGGUGAAGUCCAAAGCAUUAUUUCCAACUAAUUUUACUAUCCUAAUGCAUGCACCACAUUCUGUUUUGGUAUCAAACCUGAGUGUCCGCUCACAGUAAUGAAACACAGUUUCCGUGAAUUACUGCUGCUAGCAACCCUUAACUGAAAAGUAUAUUGCACAGGGUAUAUAUGUUUCACUUUUGACUUUUUUUCAUUUUAAAGUUAUACUCCUCUAUGUUACUGAAAGAAGCAUAUUAAAAAAACGUGAUGCACUGUAGAACUUAUUCAUCCUCAACCUCAGUAAUACCAAAAUUAUUUAGAAAAGAUGAUCCUGUGAUAUUUUUAAAGUAUAUUAUCAUCUUCACACAAGCUUAUUUACUUCACAAUUUCAUUUAUUAGCUGAGUUGAAUUUGCUAACUUGAAUGUCUGUGUAUUUUAUAUACUGUAUAACACACCAAUAAGAUGUUUGACUCUUGUUUCUUUGUUUUGGCCAUCAUAAACAUUAAAAUCUUAUGCCCGACCAUUUUUGUCCACUGCAGGCAUAAUUGAUUGGUACAAUAUCCUUCUUGUGAUUAUUGAAUGGCUACAUAAAUUUACAGAGCUAAGUGUCAAAUGUUGAUCAAUAAGCACUAACCCUAACCCAUGUGGCACAGAAAAAUGAGAGACAGCUGAAAUAAGUGAAUGUAAUCAAUUUGUGUGCAAAACCCAUGAAAACAAGAAGCAUUCGCGAGAGUGGUGGAUGGUGAGUGAAAAAGAACAAGUGCCAAACAUUCUUUCAUUGUGAAAAUACAUUACACAAAUCUUUAGAUAAGUUUUUAAUGCUUGUUGCAGCCUUUUUUCAAAAUUUACAAUACAUUUGGUCAUUGUUUUGGAAGGGUAUGUAAUCCCACUGAAACAUAAGUGCAGCACAUUUUCUCAUUGAUUAAAAAUUCACUUGCUUGGUUUUCAAUAAUAGUUUUCAUUGUUGGUUCCAAAGCAAACAAAAAACAAAAAACAACUUGGUUUUUGACCAGGAUAAGCUGUGGUCCAGAGUAAGUGUCCUUUAUGAAUGGAGACCCUGUAUUUCACUUAGAAGAAAGGACUGAUUGAGCAUUACUGAUUUCAUAGAAGAAAGAAAGUCAUACUCAGCUCUGGGACAAUAGCAAUGUUAAUUAAAGUAAUUAAACCUCUGCAGAAAAAUGUACAAGCAAUAUUGUUAGCACUAUAGAUUAGACUGUUCCUAAAAGAUCACAUUCCCACUAAAGAUACUUGAUAGCAACAUAUGAUUUGAUUUAUCAUAUAUGG